AUGUCUCUCAUGUCCCCUCUCCCCGUCUAUUCGUUCUCCCGCGAGACUACCUCGGCUGUGGAGACACAAGCUUGGAUUGAUGAAUCGUCAUCAGCAGCAUCCAUUUUGGAGAUGGACUACGACAGCGAUGACGACCUCGUUCAGGACGAUUUGGUCCCACCUGCAUAUUGCCAGGACUCAACUUCACCGCCUUACACUCCCGUUCCUACAACCACGCACCUGCAUGCGCUAGAUGCACCAGGUCAGACUCCUUACCUCGAAUCCAUAUCUGAAGACGACGACGACGACGACGAAUACGACGAUGACGACGCCACGCUCCAUGAGGAACCCUUGAUCGCCCCCGACGUACCUUUGAAUCAGUCGCGCGCAUCAAUUGAUUGUAGCUUGUUGGCAUUCGCUCCGUAUUUCGACGUAUCCUGUCUGGACGCCCUGGACGAUCUUCUCCUUUCUUCUCCAACGGACUCGUUUGCCAACGUGUGCUACGAACAAUCCAUCUACGAAGCUGACUGUAGCACAUCGGACACGGAACCUGGGAUGUCUGAGACGUCUUUCGCCGGCGAGGUUGAGCCUGAGACUCAACAAGAGGAAGUGGACACUCCAGCCAGGGUAGAUGAGACUUCCGAAGAUGCGGAACGUUGGAGGCCUACCCAUGCUGGCAUGGAUUCAUGGCAAACUCUCGCUGCGUUUUCAGAGUUCCACAAGGCAUUAGGAGCUGCGCCAGAUACCAACGAAGAGCCUAUCAAGUUAUCACCAAGGAUAGAGGCAUUUAUAAUGCCGACCUGGGAGGGGGACCAGGAGAUAAAGACGACCUCUCUCGACGACAUGCACGAUAUACAGACGGCACAACGGAUUCAAUUUACGAAUCUCCCAUGUGCCGCUAAGAGUACGCCGGCUUUGGAAAACCGAGCGUUGUACGAUACGAAUAUGUAUCCAUUUUCACGCACUCUCCCUGAUCCUACACAAUCAGUACAUUUCUUCCCCAAGUGGGCAGGGGAGCCGAUACGGAAAGAGCGAGGAGCUCUCAAAGGGUCGACAAACGCUGUCCUGCGCGGUCUAGCGGGGCUCCGAGCGCGUUCUGGGUUGUUCCGGUAA